GUAGCACGGUUUCGAAUAUAGGCUAUGCAAGUGUGAAAUACAGAGUAACAUCUUCUUCAACCUAAUUUCAGUUUUCUGGCGGAAAAACUUUCAUACAAUCAGCAAGUUUGCUUGGGAAACGUGAAUAUUAGAUUGAAAUCUCGUUUCCCAUUCGUUUCCGGUUUGAAUUCAGUUUCAAACACGUCUCCAUUUUUCUGAAACGGUUUCGGCGCGUUCCGAAACGCGUUUCCCGGUUUCCCCGUUCCAGGACGUUUCGGAAACGGUUCACUAUAUGUUUUCCGAUGAUUCUAGAUGGGUCAUUGUUUGUCAUAGAGAGCCAUGGCUGGGUUAUGAGAACGACCUGAAACUAGUAUUACCUAUCGUUGUACAGAUGAGUGUUGCAACUGAUUCUCUUGUGAGCUCAUCAAGUAGUGAUGAUUUUGCGGCAUUGCUUGACGCUGAAUUAGAUUCUGACUCGUCUGAUGGAUCACCGGAUCAAGAUUGUUCAGAUGAUGAAGAUAAUAAUGCAGAGGGUGCAAGCGCUUCAAUUCUUAGGAUCAAAAGACGCAAGGUGUUGGAGAUGGACACCAGAGUGGAGGUGCAAGGUUCAAAUUCCAAUGGCUUCACUGAAAAAGCUAUAGAAGAGGCUACAACAGAUUCAUGUACACAUCCUGGUUUCCUUAGAGAUAUGUGCAUUUGCUGUGGAAAGAGAAUGGAUGAUGGAGCAGGUGUUGCAUUUGGAUACAUUCAUAAGGACUUGAGGCUUGGUAGUGAUGAGGUUUCUCGGCUGCGUGAUGCUGAUGUGCGGACUUUGCUUCGCAAUAAGAAACUUUACUUAGUUCUGGAUUUGGAUCAUACACUGCUUAAUUCAACUCGGUUAGAAGAUAUAAAUUCAGAAGAGGACUACUUGAAGAGUCAGACAGACUCCUUUGAAGAUAUUUCAAAGGGUAGUUUAUUUCGACUUGAUAAGAUCCGCAUGAUGACCAAGCUAAGACCAUAUGUUCGUACAUUCUUGCAAGAAGCAAGUAACAUGUUUGAAAUGUAUAUUUAUACCAUGGGUGAGCGCGCUUAUGCCAUAGAAAUGGCAAAGCUUCUUGAUCCUGGAAAUGUGUAUUUUAAUUCAAGAGUGAUUUCCAAAGCUGAUUGCACUCGAAGGCAUCAAAAAGGGCUAGAUGUGGUUCUGGGUAAAGACAGUGCUGUUUUGAUACUUGAUGAUACGGAAGCUGUUUGGCAAAGGCACAAGGACAAUUUAAUAUUGAUGGAAAGAUAUCACUAUUUCUCCUCUAGUUGUCGCCAAUUUGGCUUUAAUUGCAAGUCCCUAUCUGAGUUGAAAGGUGAUGAGAAUGAAGCAGAUGGAGCACUUGCAACUGUUCUUGGAGUUCUUAAGAAAAUUCAUAGCAAUUUUUUUAAUCCUGAGCAUGGAGACGACUUUGCUGCAAGAGAUGUGAGACAGGUGCUGAGGAAAAUCCGGAAUGAAAUCCUGAGAGGUUGUAAGAUAGUAUUCAGUAGAGUUUUUUCAACAGAAUCCCAAGCUGAAAACCACCAUUUGUGGAAGAUGGCUGAGCAGUUGGGAGCAACAUGCGCGGUUGAAGUCGAUUCCUCUGUCACCCACGUUGUGUCGGAAUAUGCUGGGACGGAGAAGUCUCGUUGGGCAGUUCAGAACGGCAAUUUUUUAGUCCAUCCAAAGUGGCUUGAAGCUGCAAACUAUCUGUGGAGUAAGAAACCAGAACAACAAUUUCCUGUUGAGCUAACGAAGAGCAAAUAAGUUUUUGUGGCCGCUUAGGUAUGGCUGGAGAUUGAGUAAAACGUAGCAUGUACAUUUUUUAGGUCGCAACACCAAGAUGUCUUCCUCCACUCUUUUGGUGGGAGUUGAUAAUGGUGGCGCAGUAGGAAUCAUCACUUCAGUAGGGUAUUUUGAGGAUCCAUGUACAUGGACUAAUUAGUUUAACAGAGACAUUUAUAUAUCACUUGUUCUCUUAAGUAGGUUAUUUUCAGGUCCUAUAAGUUCAGAUGAGUUCCUAUAAGUUAAAUAAUUUCAACUAUCUUUUGUCGUGUCA